AUGGCAAUGCUCAUUUCAUUCAUAAUUGCUUUCCGUUUAGUUCCAACUGGUCAAUUGUGGAGGCGAUUGUUGUUCUCGCCGGAGAAGAGAUGGAUUCGACGGGAAAAGCUUUUUCCGGACGGAGAUCUAAUAACUUCUCGCAGACGUGUAGUCUUCUGAGUCAGUACUUGAAGGAGAGAGGCAGUUUCGGUGACGUCACACUUGGCUUGAAUCCGAGCUUGGCGACGGAUGAACGCAGAGAAACUAUGGAAUUGUUGCCGAAGCUUGAGAAAUCGAACCGAACAGGUGCUGGAGAACUGAGUGGAUCGGCGGAGAUCGGUCAGAUGAUCAUAUUUUACGGCGGUCAGGUGAUGGUAUACGACGAGUUUCCGGCGGAGAAGGUGGAGGAAGUCAUGAUUCUGGCCAGGAAUUCCAGCGCCGCCUUUGCUCCGCCGAGUCCGGCGGAAUCCGCCACCAGCACUCCUCGCCUCCACCAUUCCGAUAUUCUGGCUUCCGAUUUACCGAUCACGAGGAAGAGGUCGCUGGCUCGUUUCUUGGAGAAGAGGAAAGAUAGAAUCGCGGCUAACGCGCCGUACGAGGCGAGCAAGCCGGCUCGGCGCGAGCCGUGGCUCGGCUUGGCUCCGGAGCUCCCGGUCCAACGUCGCCGCCUUUAGUCCUCCUAAAAUUGUAUGCUUCUUGUAAUUAUUUAUUAACUUGUAGUCUUAUAGUAAUAAUUUUUAUUUAAAGUUUUACUGUUUACCUUAUGGGUAUUAAUGCUUUUAUAGUUUUAGGGCACGUGCAAUUUAGGGUGCGGUGAUCACCUUUUUUUAUUAAUUUAUUAGGCGUGGGAUUCAGCUCGGGGAGAUCUAAAUGAGAUAUUAUAAGAUUAGAUUUGUUGUAGAAGAAUUAUUUGAAUUAUAUGUAAUUUUGUUGUAUUAA